CUUGUAAAAUUUAUUUUCAAUUGUUACAGCCAGAGGGCGCACCGUAUAAGCGAGAAUGUUUAUGUAUAUGUUUGUAAACGGCGAGUGAGGCCGAAUUGACAUUUUGUGUAAUAGAAAAUAUAUCGCAGAAGACGGUAUAAAAUAUGACAAAGAAAGAAAGGAAAAAAAUAUGUGUUGGUGAAGAAUUGCAGAUUGCAGUUACUUUAAUUCUUCAGAAAUUUCGUCUGAAAGAAGAACAGAAAGAGUUUGAAUUUCCUUCUUCUCUCACAUCAGCAGAAAGAGCCUACAUUCAUCGGUACUGUCAGCAUCUUGGACUUAAGUCAAAAAGUCGAGGGAAAGGUGCAAAUCGUUACUUAACAGUUUAUAAGAAAGAAGGUUCAACUAUAGUUCAAGCUGAUGCUGUGUUUGAACUUGGAAGAAUUUCAAGACAACAUUGUUUAAAUUUGUUGCAGCGAUAUCCUGUCAGUGCACGUGAACGACAAGAGUUAUUGCCGCCAACUGAACGAGAUAGAUUAAUGAGUCAAGAUGCUCGUGAUGUGAAUAGAACUACUGGAAGGUUAAAUAAUGGUAUACCUCAAAUUCCUCCUAGAAGAGGAGAUUCAGAUCUUUUCACCUUUAAACAAAAUUUGCCAAUUGCUUCAUAUAGAGAUGAGAUAGUGCAAACAAUUUUCUGCCAUCAAGUAGUAUUAAUUACUGGUGAUACUGGUUGUGGCAAAACUACUCAGAUACCACAGUUUAUACUGGAUCAUUGUCAUACAAUUGGACAGCCAUGUCGUAUUAUAUGCACUCAACCAAGACGGCUUGCUACAUUAUCUGUGGCUGAAAGAGUUGCAGCAGAAAGAGAUGAGAAAGUUGGUCAAACUGUUGGAUAUCAGAUUCGACUAGAAAGCAGUGCUAUAGCAACACAAUUUCAGUUGGAUCCAGAUAAAGCUUCCUAUAUAAUAAAUUAUGGGCUAGCCCAUUAUUUCAGAGAAAAAUUGAUUGAUGCUGUUACAAGUUGUGAUAAUAUUACUAUCUCCUUUGACGAAUUACUAAACAAAGUUGCUGAAGGAACUCAAAUGGAUCUUGUGAUAAAAUACUGGGACAAGAGUAAAGAUAAGGAUGAAGUACAUGAAAGAGAUAGAUUCAGUGACUUUCUUUUAUUAAUAAUCAGAGAUGUUUUGCUUAAGUUUCGAAAUCUGAAAUUAAUUCUUAUGUCUGCAACUUUAGACAUUCAGCUUUUUGUCAAGUAUUUUGGUUCCUGUCCAGUAAUAGAAGUGCCUGGAAAAAUUCAUGAUGUGCAAGCAUAUUUUUUAGAAGACAUUUUAAAAAGCACUGGUUAUAUGAGUAAAGGAAUGCAAAGAUAUAAAAAAGAUCUAGUUAAAGUGAAACAACAGCAGCAGCAAUUAGCUACAUGGUGUUCACAGUUUCUAGAACCCAGUGACAACAACAGUGCUACUGCCUCUGAUCUCUCUUCUCCCGAUAGUAGAGACGUGGAUGAUAUUUGUGAUGAAUGCAAUGAAAUAUUAUUACCAGUUGAAAAUGAGGUUAAAGAACAGAUAAUUUCUGAUAAAAUGGAAAUUGAACCACAUCUGGUAAAAGAAAUGGAUGAUGCUUUACAAGAUGCUUGGCUAAAUGGUACUGAGAAAUCAUUUUCUCAUUUGUUACAUCUCAUAUUAGUAGAAAAUGUUUCAGUUGACUAUCAGCAUCAAGAAACAAGUGUAACAGCAUUAAUGGUUUCAGCUGGAAGAGGAAAAUUAAAUACAGUAGAACAAUUACUUGCUUUAGGUGCAAGUGUCCAUAUUAGGGCACCAAAUGAAUGGACAGCAUUAGAUUGGGCUCAUCAUUUUGAACAAACUGAAGUUGAAGAUCUUUUAAAGGCCAGUUGUUCACAAGUGGGACAGCUUGAAAUGAUUGGAAUGAAUUCAUCUUCAAAUAUCCCAUUAUUGGAAGAAGCUAUAAGUGAAGAAGAUAAAGAACUUCUAGAUAUAUACUACCACAGUUUUGAUGAUGACAAAGUUGAUCUUGAUCUCAUUCUGUGCUUAUUACAAAAAAUUAUUUCCAGUCGUGAUGAAGGUGCUGUAUUAGUAUUUCUGCCUGGAUACGAUGAAAUUGUUUCUCUUAGAGAUAAAAUAUUAUCUGAUGAGAAAAAUCUUCCAGAUAGUAGCAGAUAUAUUGUUUACACCUUGCAUUCCCAUAUACAAAGCUCAGAUCAGAAACGUGUGUUUAAAUCUACACCUGUAGGAGUGAGAAAAAUAAUAUUAGCAACAAAUAUUGCAGAAACAAGUAUAACCAUUAAUGAUGUGGUUUUUGUUAUUGAUUCUGGAAAAGUGAAAGAAAAAUCUUAUGAUGCACUUUCAAGUGUAACAACAUUAAAAUCAGUCUGGAUAUCACAAGCUAGUGUAAUUCAGAGAAGAGGAAGAGCAGGAAGAUGCCGUAAUGGAAUCUGUUAUCAUCUUUAUAGUAGGAAGCGCUUUCAUAAUUUUCAACCAUAUCAGCAACCUGAAAUUCUUAGAGUUCCUAUUCAUGAACUGUGUUUACAAGCAAAACUUUUAGCUCCACCCAAUAGUCCCAUUGCAGAUUUUCUAGCAAGAGCACCAGAUCCACCUGCAUUUAUGGUUACAAGAAAUGCAGUGAAUUUGUUAAAGACGAUAGAUGCAUUGGAUCCUUGGGAAGAACUUACGGAAUUAGGAUUACAUUUGUUGGACCUUCCAAUUGAACCAAGAUUGGGCAAAAUGGUUUUGUAUUCUGUUGUUUUAAAGUGUUUAGAUCCAGUUUUGACAAUAGUGUGUGCAUUAGCUUACAGAAAUCCAUUUUUGAUACCAUCAUUACCUGCACAGAAGAGAGCAGCAUGCCUUGCUCGAAAGAAGUUGGCAGCAGACACUUUCAGUGAUCAUAUGGCAUUACUUAGAGCAUUUCAAGCAUGGCAAAAAGGAAGAAGUGAUGGAUAUGAAAAAACAUUUUGUGAAAAAAAUUUUCUUUCUGCACCAACCAUGGAAAUUAUUGUAGGAAUGAGAACUCAACUUUUAGGCCAACUUAGAGCAUCUGGAUUUGUAAGAGCAAGAGGAGGAGGAGAUAUAAGGGAUUUAAAUUCUAACUCUGAAAAUUGGGCUGUUGUCAAAGCUGCCCUUUGUGCUGGAACGUAUCCAAACUUGAUACGUGUUGACCGUGAACGUCAGCAACUUAUAACCCAGUAAG